AUGCACAUAACCACAGACCCCUCUACGCCCUCAGAAACCCUCCUCCCCCCCCGCCGCAGUCCCCUGCUACCCACCAGCAAGCGCCGCAACACCAGCCAAGCCAAUCCGACCAGCACACCUCUACUUCGCCUACGGCUCCAACCUCUCCCCAACGCAGAUGGCGCAACGCUGCACCGCAAACCCCGCCCAAUCUGCACGACCCGUCGCAAUCGCCUCGCUACCUCACUGGCGCUGGCUAAUCUGCGAAGCGGGAUACGCGAACGUGCUCCCCCUCCAGGCCUACGCACCGGCGCCCAGGAUAGCCCCGCCGCGCACCAAGUCCCCAUCUCCGGAGUCGAUGACACGGUGUACGGUGUUCUGUAUGCAAUGGAUCCGGCCGACGAGCGGAGACUGGAUGGGUUCGAGGGUAUUGAUCACACUGCGGAGAGUGCGGAACCGGAUGGUGAGGUGGGCGUUGACAUCCGGCCGCGGGAGCAGGGGGAGGGCGACUAUAACAAGUGGUACUUGGGUGCGCGGGUUGUGAAGUGGCUUGAUGGGGGGAGAAGAGCGCGCGAGGGCGGCGAAGCGUGGAAGUGA